AUGGCCGAUAACGGAGAAGUCCAGACCACGGCGACGCACCCCAUGACAAGGGCAGGAGCAGCCGUCCCCGAGAGGACCCGCAGGAUGCUGGCCCGGGCCGCGAUAGCUGCAGCCGCGACGGCCGCCGCUCUCAAGUCGAAGAGGAGGGCGUUCAUCGCCGCCAACCGCGAGCGCAGCGAGGACGCCGGUGGCAGCUCUUCUACUACCGAGCCACCGACGCCUGAGCCCUACGGGGGCGAAGACUGCGCCAUCUGCUUGAGCCCCUUGAGGAGACCCGGCGGAAGUGUGCCGGAGCGGCCGGUAUACACCAUUCGAGCGUGCGAGCACAACUUCCACAGAGACUGCCUGGUGGCCAACAGAGCCGAGGGGCGCACCACCUGCCCCUGCUGCCGAGGCGAGAUAGAGAGGGGCCUCUCCCCGGCGCCGACGCGGCGAGCGGAGCAGCAGGCCGCCGCCGAGGCGGAGGAGCACGCCCGGAGGUUGGCCAGGAGGGCCGAGCGUCGGGCCAGGCGGAGGCAAGAAGAGGAACGGGAGGCGGCGGCGGCGGAAGAUGCUGCGUGGCAGGCUCGCCGGCGGGCUCGUCGGGAGGAGGAGCAACGCAGGCUCCACCACCGCGACCACCACCACCGCCGGCAGUGGGCGGAAACGGAGGAGCGGUCCCGCCAGAGGGAGCAGUGGGACCGGCAGCAGCAGCAGCUUGAACGGCUGCGGCACGAGCAAGUGGAGUUCCGGCGCUGGCAGCACCGGCGCCGUCAGCAGGAAGAGCGUGAGCGGCAGCGCGAGUUGUCGGACCAGCGGCGGCGAGAAGAGCGGCGGCUGCUGGCGGAAGGGGAGGAGCGGCAGCGGCAGGAGCACCGCCACCGCCACGUGCUGAUGGAGCAGCUGAGGGCGAGCGAAGCGGCCCGGCGCGCGGCGCAACAGCAAGAAGAGGCCCGCCGCCGACGCCUGCUCGAGUUCGAGACGAGGCUGCAACUGGCACGGCGGGAGCGCCUGACGGCGCACAGGGGACUAGAGCGCGCGCAAGUGCAGGCGGCCGCUAGCGUGGCGGCCGUUCUGGUGCAGGCGGAGGCGACCGUGUCGGCAGCCGCGAGGCGCAAUGAUGAGACAGCCUCGGCGGUGGAGCGUGCCAGAUCGCAGUACCGUGCGGAGCGGGCGAGGCAGGGGCUGGGCGUUGGAGAGGAGUCAGGCUAG